CCCCAAACCCCCCCCGCCACUGCUCGCCGCCGCCAUGCAGCCGCCCCCGGGAGCUUCCCGGUGCUAAGGAUUUGGGUGUGAAGUCGCCGCCGUGAUCAAGCGGUGCAGCAUCCAGCGAGGACAGCAGCGGGGCUCCCGCAGGCCCCAUGCUCUGCUCAGCCCCCGUGCCCCACGCCUGAGAGCCCCCUCCUGCACUGGAGACCCCCGCCAUGGCCAGCAACAGCAGCUCCUGCCCAACGCCUGGAGGGGGGCACCUCAAUGGCUAUCCCGUGCCCCCCUACGCCUUCUUCUUCCCCCACAUGCUGGGAGGACUUUCACCACCCAGCACCCUGGCUGGCAUCCAGCACCAACUGCCUGUCAGUGGAUACAGCACCCCCUCACCUGCCACCGUGGAAACGCAGAGCACCAGCUCGGAGGAGAUCGUGCCCAGCCCCCCGUCACCCCCACCCCUGCCCCGCAUCUACAAGCCCUGCUUCGUCUGCCAGGACAAGUCCUCUGGGUACCACUACGGAGUCAGCGCCUGCGAGGGCUGCAAGGGCUUCUUCCGCCGCAGCAUCCAGAAGAACAUGGUGUACACGUGCCACCGGGACAAGAACUGCAUCAUCAACAAGGUGACACGCAACCGGUGCCAGUACUGCCGCCUCCAGAAGUGCUUUGAAGUCGGCAUGUCCAAGGAGUCCGUCCGCAAUGACCGGAACAAGAAGAAGAAGGAUGUGCCCAAGCCGGAGUGCUCGGAGAGCUACAUCAUCACACCGGAGGUGGAGGAGCUCAUCGAGAAGGUGCGCAAAGCCCACCAGGAGACCUUCCCUGCCCUCUGCCAGCUCGGCAAAUACACUACGAACAACAGCUCGGAGCAGCGGGUCUCCCUGGACAUUGACCUGUGGGACAAGUUCAGUGAGCUGUCCACCAAAUGCAUCAUCAAGACGGUGGAGUUUGCCAAGCAGCUCCCCGGCUUCACCACGCUCACCAUCGCCGACCAGAUCACCCUCCUCAAAGCCGCCUGCCUCGACAUCCUGAUCCUGCGGAUCUGCACGCGCUACACGCCGGAGCAGGACACCAUGACCUUCUCGGAUGGGCUGACACUGAACCGCACGCAGAUGCACAACGCGGGGUUCGGGCCCCUCACAGACUUGGUCUUCGCCUUCGCCAAUCAGCUGCUGCCGCUGGAGAUGGACGAUGCUGAGACGGGGCUGCUCAGUGCCAUCUGCCUCAUCUGUGGAGACCGCCAGGACCUCGAGCAGCCCGACAGAGUGGACAAGCUACAGGAGCCUCUGCUGGAGGCGUUGAAGAUCUAUGUGAGGAAGAGGAGGCCCAACAAGCCACACAUGUUCCCCAAGAUGCUCAUGAAGAUCACGGAUCUCCGCAGCAUCAGUGCCAAGGGUGCUGAGCGGGUGAUCACACUGAAGAUGGAGAUCCCGGGAUCGAUGCCGCCCCUCAUCCAGGAGAUGCUGGAGAACUCGGAGGGCAUGGACACACUUGGGGGGCAGCCGGGCGGCCCCCGGGCGGGCAGCCUUGGUCCCCCCCCGGGCAGCUGCAGCCCCAGCCUUUCCCCCAGCUCCAACCGCAGCAGCCCGGCCACGCACUCACCGUGACCUGCGCCCGGCGCGCACCAGGACAGAGCCCGGCACGCCGGCAAACAGGGGGAGGACCCUUUGCCUCGGCCCUGGCUGCAGCCCCCUCUGGGGUAGACUCUCAGCAGCCCCCCUGCUGGCACAGCCCUGGGACCCCCCCCUGCUGGAGCGGACCCCACAGGGAGCCCCACAGCCCCCGGCCCCUGCAGCCCCGGGCGAAGCGCGUUGGUUGAGUCACAUUUCAGGGGCGUGGGGACCCUUGGCCGCGUCCCCGGGGACACCCCGGCCCCACCAGCACCAGCACACACGGGAUUGCGACCACCGAGCCCCCCCACCCCAGCCCCAUCCCGGCUGUCCAGCGGGGAGGACCCAGCCAGACCCCGCACGCUGAGGAAGCAGAGUCAUUUAAGAGAGAGAAGAAAGCAAAGUAUAUAUAUAUAAAUAUCUAUAAAUAUCUAUAAAUACGUUUUAAAACCUUUGUAAAAGUUUGGAGGGGUUUUUAGGCCUGUGCAGGUGGAGGGGGCACAGUGGGCGCUGCCGGGG